AUGACCAAGGCUGAGUGGUGGGGUGGAGGAUAUGAUAGGUUCUAUGCCGACCCGAUUGACAUUUCGGACAUCGCGGACUUCAUUCACGAUGUCCUUUCGGUAUCGUCACCGGAAGUGCCGGCCAAAGGCAUCCCUCAAAAUUCGGAGCAAGAAUAUCGGGGCAUCGAGCGACUCCCGAAUGAGCUGCUCGAUGCAAUCUGUCAUUACCUCCCGACUCAAUCCAUCAUCAAGCUCCAUCGCACAUCAAAAACAAUGAUCCAAAAGGUGCGGCUAGACAAUGGCUUCUGGCGUAGCCAUUUCUUUACUGGGAGCCUACAUGCACACUUGUGGGACUUGAACGCGAAAGACAUCGAGGCACUGGAGCAAGGACCCAGAAACGUACCCCUAGCUACAGAUUGGGAUUGGAGAAGUGUUGCGAAGCUGUUGGCAACGAAACAGUUCCCUAUCGCAGGUUAUGACCCGCGACUAGACAACAUGCCGCUAGGACUCUGGAAUCGAUGCAGGAUCUGGAGCAUUGUCGAGAAGGCCUUUGAGCACGACUUUCUUGAAAAGCCAUUCCACGGACAGAGCAACAGCGGCACCGACGCAUCAAGAUACGAUGAUGCUUAAACAUUUAUGCUAUCUGUGCUCCGUGCACAUGAACGAUCACGGCCAGAAGUUUCAAUAUCUCAGGGAGCUGUAUUCAUCCCGAUGUUUUUACCAAACAUCGCCAACGAAAAUGUCGGCCCGCCUUGCCUCUCUAGCAG